AUGGCCUGGCAGCAUGGUGAUCCACCUCUCUCCAGCUGCUCUGUCCUCUCUCUAGGACAAUUCCAGACCUUACUGAGGGCUUUCCUGGUGGAGCUGCCUCCAGAGGAGGGCUCAGGGGUCUGGGCCUUCCAGGAGCUCCUGGUCUACCUGCAGGAGCGGGCAGCCCUGCGAGGGGGCAAGGACAGGGGUAGAGGGGCUACCAGGCAGGCCUGGCUGCAGGAGAUUGGGAGAGCAGCCCAAAGAGGUGCAGCCCAGAUGGAGCCUGUUUAUGGGUCUGUGUUUAGCGCCGUGCUCAGAGAUGCAGAGGUGAAUGCGGAGGGGAAGCUGUUGAGUGUCUCUGUAGCCCUGCUGGAGGAAGGGGGCUCUAGGCUGCGUUACGUGGCCUGUACUACUGAGGAUGCCCGUCUGGUCCUCAACAAGAUGCUCCAGCCACACCAGGCCCCUGUCAGUUUCUCAGCCAUAGAGAGCUGUAGUCCAGUGCACGUGCCCAGAGUGGGAGCUCACGGAGGGGUCUACCUUUUCGACGAGUCUCGAGCCUCUUCACAGUGUUAUGGCUCGUUUAUCGCCAUUCCCAUAUUGGACCCCCGAGAGCAGGGACGAGCUAUUGGGGUGCUGGGUCUCGACACACUCCGAGAUUCAAACGACACACACCUGUUCUCACGCCAUGAGAUAGACUUCUACCAGGGCGUGAGCAGUGAAUUCAGCAGAGCUCUCCAGCAUGUGGUGACUCGCUGCAGCAUACUGCACAUUGUGGAGAGCGCCUCACUCUGGCUACACAGCAGAGUCUCUGCCGUUCACAGUAUCACCACCUAUCUGAUGGAGCCUUCAGACGGACAGGGCAGUGACUGCUCUCUGAAGAAGAUGAUGGUGAUGGAGGGAGGUUCUCGUCGCUCCCAUUGGCUCUCCCCUCCUCCUUCCUUACGGCGCUCAGAUCACAUCCCCAGAGACUACCUGUUCCAGUGCUGUGACACCUCCCAGGCUGGGCACUAUGUCGCAUUUGGGGCGUACAGACUGGUGCUCCCUGUGAGGGACUCAGCUGGGUGGGCCCUGGGGGUGGUGGACAUGGAGUUAGAAACCCUCUCAUCGGGCCACCAGAGGGGGCUGCAGCCCCACGAGCGCCGGGACCUGUCGUCUGCAGGGAAGGCACUGCAGGCUGCCUGCGUUCAGCUGCACAGAGAAAGCACUGGGCCGAGCAGGCAACACACACAGCUGGAGGCGAAGGCCCUGGGAGGGGAGCGGCGGGCGUCCAUCUUGUUCCUAUGUUUCAUGCUGGAGCACCUGCGCGUUCGCUGUGUGUCCGGAUUGGACCAAUUAAUUGUAGCGGCGCUCCAGAGCUCCCAGGAUGCAUCUCACCACUUCCAUGUCAGUCAAGUCGUGAAGGCGGUGCUUCUACUGCUGUACCCUGAGAGGGAGGGUUCUGUCCAUACAGACAAUUGGGACCAAAUGAAGAUGAUGCUGAGCACUGACCUGGGCUACAGGCUGGCCAGGUUUGAACCCUUAGCCAGGGCAGUGACAGUGGACAGGGAGCUGGUCCACAGCUGUAUAGCAGGAGUUGAAAGGAGGGAGUUGGGGCAACAUGGAUCAUUACCACUGGAGGACCUGUAUGACUGGGUAUCCAUCUGUUUGUCUAUAUGUUCCUACUAGAUUCAAGUUUGAAAGUUUAUUCACCACGUACACAGGAUACAACAGGCAUAAAACAGAACAGUGAAAUUCUUUCCUUGAGAGGUCUUUCCCAACAAUGCAGAGAUGAUAUAGAUAACAGAACAUUAAAAAAAAAAUCAGUUUUUGAUUUGUUAAAAAAAUGUGAAAUAUCCAAUAAAUGU